CAGAUUUGGACGCAUGCGCAAUUCAUUGUUUUGACUGAAAAUGCCGUCGGUUUCGAAAACGGCGGCCAAUGCGUCUCCUCAAACCGAGAAACCUACCCACUAUACAUACUUGAAGGAGUUCAGGACAGAGCAGUGCCCAUUGUUUCUCCAGCACAAGUGUACGCAGCACAGACCCUUUACGUGCUUUCAUUGGCAUUUUCUCAACCAGCGGAGAAGACGACCCAUUAGGAGGAGAGACGGAACCUUUAACUACAGCCCUGACGUGUACUGCACCAAAUACGACGAGACCACAGGAAUUUGCCCAGAUGGAGAUGACUGCCCUUAUUUACACCGGACCACUGGUGACACAGAGCGCAAGUACCAUCUACGCUAUUACAAGACUGGCACUUGUAUCCAUGAGACAGACGCUCGAGGGCAUUGUGUGAAGAAUGGCCUCCACUGUGCUUUUGCUCACGGGCCACAUGAUCUCCGACCUCCAGUCUAUGAUAUCAGAGAGAUCCAAGCACAAGAGGCCCUCCAAAAUGGACAGCUGGGGUCUGGGGAAGGGAUUCCUGAUCUGCAGCCUGGUGUGUUAGCUAGUCAGGCUAUGAUUGAAAAAACCCUGACGGAAGACCCCCGCUGGCAAGAUACCAACUUUGUUUUAGCCAAUUAUAAAACAGAUCAGUGUACUAAGCCCCCGAGACUAUGCAGACAGGGCUAUGCUUGUCCCCAUUACCACAACAGUAGAGAUCGAAGACGAAAUCCACGCAAGUUCAAGUACAGGUCAACUCCUUGUCCAAACGUGAAACAUGGGGAUGAAUGGGGCGAGCCUUCGAAGUGUGACAGUGGGGACAGCUGCCAGUAUUGUCACUCUCGCACUGAACAGCAGUUUCACCCGGAGAUCUACAAAUCUACCAAAUGCAAUGAUAUGCGGCAAACUGGAUACUGUCCCAGAGGACCGUUCUGUGCAUUUGCACAUGUAGAAAGAAUUCCCUCGACAGAAGAGACCAUGAGCUCAUUGCUAACAGCGAUCCAGUCGAGUUCACAGUCCCAGCUGGGCUCUCAGCAGUAUUCAGAGUGUCCCGUCAGUGAGUGGAACAGUGGAGGCAACUCCACCACCAGUGCAACCAGUAGCAACGGCCAAGUAGGAAGUGUUUCAUGUUCUAAUAGCUCAACUGUAACUCCAAGCUCAGGAAGCGACAGUUUGUUAUCCCCUGUGGGAUCCAUCAGCAGGCCCAAAUCCUUAACUAAUAGUAGUUUAUGUUCAGAGUCGACCACAUCCAGUGUCUCAUCUCUGACGUCUAACUAUCCUAAAGCUCCGGGCUUUGAACGUGAGGAUCAGAUUAAAAACAAGGGACAGGGGGAUCAAAAGAUGAUGGACCAAGAUAAACAGACACAAAAUACUGUAUUCUCUGCGGUGAACCCUUUGGCAUCAAGCUUUACCUCCAGUAUAACAUCCAGCUUGGCAUCCAGUAUUGGCUCAGAUAGUUCCUCACCCACCACCUUAUCAACAAUGAAUGCAAAAGCCACUCCUUUCUAUCCAGGGAGCAACACGGUGGAGUCCGUCAUAGGGUCUGCGCUCGACCUCAACUUCAGUGACAUUAACGUUGCGUCUCUCGAUAAGGAGUUGGAGGAACAAGAUAGCAAUGUAGGAUUGACAAGCCAGCGGGUGCUAAGUGGAUCUGCUCCCGUGAACAUUCCCGGCUCCCUCGCACGAUCGUCCUCUUUCAAUUCCUCCUCAUCGCUCUCCACCUCCCCUCUAAGCUCCCUCUCCCAGUCCCUCUCUCAGUCUCUGCUCUCCGGAACGGUGUCUCAGCAAAAUCCACCUUCGGCAAUGUUGGCCAAGCAAGAGCACGGCCUCCUGGGGACACCCACCUCCUCUUCUCAGAACUCUUUGGGCUUGAACGGAGGAGCUAGCAACAUUUGGGACUUUGUAAGUGGCAGCUUUUCACCCAGUCCAUCCCCGGUUUACAGCAGCCUAACCUCUGCAACCAGCAGUGCUGAUGUGGCGCGCCUCUUCAGAGAGCUGGAUGAGGCCAAGAGGAAGAUCAAACAAUGGGAGGAGGCCUGGCAUCAGGUCAAGCAGGCCUGCGAAGCCUGCCAGAAAGAUGCUCACGAAGCAAAGGAACAAGCGAAGACGGCCGAGGCGGAGCGGCAGCUGGCGGAGCAGAAGUGGGAGGAAACCGAACGCAAGCUGAAGGAGCUCCAAGGGGACUUUGACGUGCUUUGUCGCACCCCCGGGACACCUCUUCUACGUAGCUACGGCGAGCUGGACCAGCUCCCUUUGUCAAAGCUUCACUCCAUCCAGAGUCAGCUGCGUAAUGACCUAGACCUAAUAGACGGGGUUAUAUAUCAGCUUCAGUCAAAGAAAUGUAUAGUUUGCCAAAAGCAUGAUCGUUGCAUUGUUCUGCAGCCUUGCCAACAUUAUGUACUAUGUGAGAACUGUGCACCUAGUAAAACAGAAUGCCCCUACUGUAGAACAAAAAUACUGAAGUGGUGAUGUACAAUUACUCAAGGUACUAUUUAAAGAUUUAGCCCUUUGAAAAACUACUAAUAGAUAUUACAUUUUCUAUAGAGCAAUGUCUGUUUCAUACAGUGAUUGAUUUCAGUAAGAAUGAAAUGAUGCUUGACUGAUGAAACCACGGUGUUAAUCGGACUCUGUAAAGGGGAUUCUUUUAGUUUUUGCCUGUUUUAUGUGAACACCCGCUGAAUUUCUCUCCAAUACGAAAAGCCCUGUGCGUAAAAUUAGAGCACUGUAUCACCUGCAGCACUCGUCUGACCUCUCUCAUCUUCCACAUGAAUUACACAGUUUUCCCCACAUGACUUUAAAAUAAAAAUAAGAUAAGGUAAAAAAAAAAAAAAAAAAAUGGCACAUGCAACUAUUAAGGUUGGGUAAAAGUUCAAUGCACAAAGACUUUAAAGUGUGUGAGGUGGUAUUUUUGCCCACGUUACCGUUCGUCAUUUGAUCUUUAGUACUUCACACUGCACUUACUGGUUUCUUGAGGAUAACGGCAUCUUUCACGCAAUGCACUUCACCUAAACUUUCAGAGCGAUUUCAGUGGACUUCAGCAGGAAAUAUUCGUAAACUCGGUCAAAUGUUUUAGUAAAGAGCAGAAAAUUAUAUUUGAUAAAAAAAUGAAAUGUACUUUAAUACGCUGUCUUAACCAAAAAUAUGUCUGUCCUAGUUUUAAAACUUUCUAAGAUAUCCUUUGUCACAAGUCAUUUUUUUAGUCAUUUUGCGAGCGAGAAAAGUUUGUUAGAAAAGGUUCUUAAAUUUGUCGAAGGCAGCUUUCCGACGAGCCGACACGCAGUCACAGAGAAAUAAAUGUAAAAAAAACAAACAAACAAAAAAAAAACCCUCCUUAAGAGAACGGUGAUGUUGAAUGUAAAACAGGCAAAGCUAAAGCAGAUUUUUAUUUAAAGAGGAAUACAACUAAACCAAGAAACCAGAUGAACAAAAGCAGAAAUCCUCCUUUGUUGUGAUUUUUACACGUGACGAUAACGCCGAUAAAUCUGUCACUGAUCAGACUAAUUUGUUUUAAAUGUUCGUGGACUCGUUUCCAUUAAACACUGAGGCUGAUUUUAGCCAAAAUAUCCCACUGCAGUGAAAAAAACAAACAGAAUGUGCGAAUUUUUAAAGAUCUAACCAGACCUGUGUAUGUGUGCGUGCGUGCGUGUGUGUAAACCAGACUCGUCACAACAACAGAACUCAUGAAUGUUUCGUCCUCUGUGUUCCUCUUUAAGUAAAGUUUUGUCGAACCCAAACUUUUUUCAUACAAAUAACAUUUUUCUUAUAAAAACGACCAGUCAAGCAUCAUUAUUUUGACCAACUUUCUGAAGAGGUUUGAUUUUUCUUAUUAAAGCACUUUGUUGAUGUGGGACUUUAUUAAAGGGUAUAUAGAAAUUUGCUUUAAGCUGCUUUGUAGGUAUUCUUUUUGUGUCUUUUUGUAGAUUUAUACAUUUUUUUCUAUAUAAGCUAAUGUCUGAAGCUUUUGUGUGUACUGUGAAACAUAAUUUGAAUAUUUCAUGUUUCCUAUUGUUAAAUCAUGGCAUGGUUCUACAUAUUAUUAAGAUUUCAUAGAAAAAAAUACUUAAUAGUUUCUACUUUUCAUAGUUAGAUUUAUAAAAUUUCAAUCAAAUAAGUGCAAAUUUAAAAUGUAUUUUAGGCAUAACCAGCAGCUGUAAUAUCAGUAAGGCACAUGCUACAUGUUAAGGCUAUUAUUCAAUCAAUUAGUUUUUGUUUUUGUUUUUUUUUGUAGAGAUUUCUAUAGCCUAGCCAUUAGAAAGCAUGUAUUGUAUUUGCUAAAAGCCUGAAACAGUGGGUUUUGUUUUGUUUUAUUUUCUUUCCCUUUUUUUUUUUUCUUUUUUUUUUUUUUUUUAGUAGGAAUCUAGCCUCCUGACCUUGACUAGAACAUAUCGGCCUCUAACUCUAAAGUGCCUUGCCUUUAGUCAUAAAGAUAAUGUGUAAAAUUGUCCGAGCAAAACACAAGUAGUUGAAGCUUGUGCACAGGUUUCUGCUAAAUUCGUAACAUCCGUAUAUGCGCAUAUAUAUAUAAAUAUGUAUACAUACAAAUGCCAGUGUAUUUCGGCCCGAUCUCAUUUAAGUAUUUCCGCGGAUGAUAAUUGAAACCAGACAUUGUCGGUGCCUGUGUCCUGACUUCAACCUUAUAGACGAACAUCCCCUUCCACCCACCCACUCAUUCCUCGGUCGUGGUGCUCUUUUGGUGCAGCUUCAGUCUUUGAAAUUAGGUUUUACAAUUUAAAAACUUCUGGGAGUAUGCAAAUGUAAUGUAGGACACAUGAAUUUGUAUAGCAACAUCUAACAAAAAAAAAAACUUAACUAAACAAACAAAAAAAAAAAACGCUUUUUAAACAGUUGGGUAACUUUAACGUAACCGCAGAGAAUGAGGAAUUCCGUAGUUUAACCUGUAAGUUGGACUUUGCAUAGGAUUUGUGCUUAGUUUGUCGAAUUGAAAUGACCUUCUACUGUGUUAAAUCUUUUAUUCUUGCUUUAAAUUCAAUAGAAAAUCAUGUAUCUCCAGGUACACCUUUUUGCUACUUAUAAAUAUGGGAGGAUGCAUUGUUUACAUUCACUUAAAUGACAAUUAAGCAACUCAGAGGAAAAAUAUCAAGACAAGUUAUGGUAUUUUAGCAUUUUCAUGAUUAUAUUACAGCAUAAAAGGCAGGCUAAGCACUUCUGGUAUUGCAUGUUAUGCGAUAUAUUAACCAGCUAUAAAAAAAAAUAAUAAUAAAAUUUAAAAAAAAAAAAAAAAAAAAGGUCGCACUGUGUCACACUGCCAGAAUAUUUGUAUUGACUUACUUUUAGAGUAGUAAAGGCUUAAUAAUUUCCGCAAGCUUCGCUGCUACUGGAAAAGGUAUUAAUGUAGUUUCUUGUAAUACAUUUAGAUGUUUGAAUGUUGUUGUGCAUCCACAGCUCAGAUUUCAGAAUCUAUGGAAUAGUCUGUCUUCUUAACCUGACUAAACCUUAUUUGAUUGAAUUUUUCCUUUUCAUUUGUAAAUCCAUUCGAGUCAGAUUUUCACUACUUUUGCAAAUCACCUAGAAUGAUGUCACAGACCUGUUCUGCUAUAGAUUGUCCCUUUUUUUAAAACAAAAAAAUUAUUGUUAUUAUUAUUAUUAUUAUUAAUGUCUUUGUGUUGCGUUUCGUUUCCUCCGUACACUGAAUAGCGGUGUACGGCGCAGCUAAUUUCACAGGGUCUUUUGGUGGGUUUUUGUUUCGCCUGUGAAGCCAACUAAAUUAAUGAUGUCUAGAGUGAAAUUCUAAACAAAAAACAAAAAAAAAAAACUGAACCAAAGUGGUGUUCGAGUAGCUGUCCAAAUAUGUAUUCUAAAGGGAAAAUUUACCCUAGA